UUAAAAUGGCGGCCUCUUGAGAAGGUUCCAAGAAAUGCUACAAGGAGAAAAAAAUGGGUGAUAGAUUGAAGCAGAUUAGAGAAAAGUCGAAGCUUCGACGACAAAUUCUUGCGCAACAGCUUGGUGCCUCAGGAGGUGAUUCCAUUGGAGAUCUGCUGACCAGUAAAGAGGAACAAGAAAGAAAACGGCUCAAGAUAACAGGAGAACAGAGGGAUGACAUACAUCAUUCAGGAGGUGAUCCAAAGACCGUAGACAUUGUUUUGCCUGGUGUCCCUGCAGGUCCAACCAAGGUGCUGAUAUCCAGGGAAGAGAGAAGAGAAGGCAAAACUACUGCACAAGAGAAUACUGAAGACUUAAAUAAAAACAAAGAAGACUAUGAAGGGGAAGAUGUGGAGGAAGUUGUGUACAAAGAUUCCAGCCACUUCUUGAAGGGAACUCAAAGUGCCAACCCUCACAAUGAUUACUGUCAGCAUUUUGUUGACACAGGACAAAGGCCUCACAAUUUCAUCCGAGAUGUUGGACUUGCUGAUAGAUUUGAAGAAUAUCCUAAACUCAGGGAACUCAUCAGACUCAAGGAUGAGAUCAUUGCAGAGAGAGCUACUCCCCCAAUGUAUCUUCAGUGUGACCUGGAUAUGUUUGAUCUUGAUGACCUUGAAUGUAAGUUUGAUGUGUUGUAUAUUGACCCACCCCUGGAGGAAUAUCAACGACGUGCAGCUGGUACUACCUUUAACUGGAAACCUUGGACCUGGGAUGAGAUUCUUAAGCUAGAAAUAGAAAAAGUUGCUGCUCAACGCUCAUUCCUGUUUCUUUGGUGUGGCUCACAUGAAGGACUCAAUGAAGGGAGAAAGUGCCUAAAGAAAUGGGGCUUUCGUCGUUGUGAGGACAUUUGUUGGAUUAAAACAAAUAAAACUAAUCCUGGAAACACAAAAUACCUUGAACCAGAUGCCAUAUUUCAACAUACUAAAGAACACUGCCUUAUGGGAAUUAAAGGAACUGUGCGGAGAAGUACUGAUGGAGAUUUCAUUCAUGCAAAUGUUGAUAUCGAUCUUAUAAUCACUGAAGAGGUAAGUUGUGCAUGGGAUGAAAAAAAAAUUUUGAGGUUUGAUGAUGAAUUUUGUGUUUCUGUUUCAUGUCUCCUAGGCUGGCUAUCAGUGGGGCCCAGUCUCUCAAGUUCAAACUUCUCUGCGGAUCUGUACAACUCGUAUUUUUCUAGUGGACCAGAAGACCUUAUUGUUGGCAGCACACAAGAAAUUGAGACACUCAGACCUAAAUCUCCCACAGGAAAACACAAGGGAGAUGGUGGAGGACGUGGGGGUGGUAAUACUGCCACAAGGGGAGGACCGGGUGCACGGGGAAGAGGCAUGGUGCGUGGGGGGAUGAUGAGGGGAGCAGGGUUUCAAGGGAGGGGUGGGAGGGGUUUUGUGAGCUUUUCUGUAAGAUAGUUGGGAAUCAUUAGUCAAAGCAAGUAACGCAGUUGGAAAACUUGUGAAACAAUGUGAGCCCUUUUGCACAAUGUUUUACAUGCUUUCCAGUUGGUUUUCCAAGCCUCCGUCUGAAAAACAUUCACCAUGAAGUUUUGAUAGCAAUGUUUGGCCAAACUGAUGCAAAAUUUUUUAACUCAGGCCUCUUAUGGAGUCCCAUAAGAAACUAGGGACAAACAGCUCCUUUGUUCUUAUACUUAACAUUUUCUUAAAAAAAGUCGAAGAUGGGAAGGAGAAAUGAAAAAUCAAUCACUCUUCUUAGCCUAACUAUCCAUUGUGCAAUUUCAAAAGAAACUCAGUCAAGUGGUAAUGAUAUUCAUAACUUUUCUUUUCAUAAAAUAAAUCUAGAAUCACUGCAGCAAUGAGUUAUUCUAUUCUCAUAGUGUCUACAGUGAUUAUAUGGCUGGCAGCGCCCAUGGGGUCACCCAUGGGGUCGCCCAUGGGGUUGCCUGUGGGGUUGCCCUUGGGGAUGCCCAUGGGGAUGCCCAUGGGCAAUAUGAAGCAAAUCCUGUGUUCUGUUGACUACCCUAGCAGGCCAGAGGUGCCCAUCUGGCUCACUUUGGGUCCUGCACGAGAAAUAAAAUUGCUUAGAGCAAGCUCACGAAAAUGUUCAUAAUUUUUGGACAUUGUCAGCAAUGGAGUCGCUGAAAGCAGUGGACACAGUCAAAAUAAAGAAGACAUAAAUGACUCCUGGAGGUUUAUUGUACUACAAAAGCAGUUGGCUUUCUAUCCUGUCUUUCAAAAUAAACAAGAUCUUAAUUCUUUGUAAA